GUUUUGUCCUUCUCCACAACACGCCCUGCAACACGCCAUGACGUUGGGCAUUGGGGCUUGGCAGCGAAGUUGGCUCGGGCGUCCCAACUCCACUCCGGCCCAUCUCCAUCCCAUCCCAAAAUACACCCACCUUGCACUCCCGCUGCAUAUCAAAUAGAGUCUUCGUCGCCUCUACCCAGCUUUUCUCUAUCGUGUAGUCCUGUAUUGACAACACAAUCGCAGGAUAAACCGGGUCUCAACCUCCUCAUACCGCCGCGCUCAAGGAACUACCAGAAACCAUGGACGAUGACUCGCAGAACGGCGAGGUCCCUGCGGAGUUCACUUCGGCAGCCCCCAACGAAGAGGGAACCCGCUCCCGCCAGCCUACAACGGAGCCAUCCCCCUCUCUCGACCCCGCCAACCUCUUCGGCCGUCAAGAAGAACAGCGAAAGAAAGUUGGCCCCUGCUGCAAAUUAGAUGGCGCCCUCCACGCACAUCCACCGAGUGCGUUCCUACCACUGUUGACUUCCUCUGACGCAGACUCCAACAAUCCGAUAAUCACAAUUGUCGAGGCUCGAAAAAGCACGGACCACUCAUCUACGCCGUACAUCACGUACCACAUAGUGACCAACUUCCCCGGUGGUUUGCCGCGGUAUCAAGCCAAUCACCGUUAUUCCGAGUUUGAAGGGUUUCGAAAGUUUCUGACGAAACUCCAUCCGACAUCCGUUGUGCCGCCCAUUCCAGCAAAGCACUCGGUUGCGGAUUACGCAACCAAGCCGAACAAGGCAAAGGAAGAUCCGCACAUCAUCGAAGUUCGGAAACGCAUGCUUCAGUCGUUCCUGAAUCGCGUAGCGGCUCAUCCCGUACUACGUGAGGAGCAUGUCUUUCAUCGGUUCUUGGAAGGGGAGGCGCCGUGGUCUGAGAUUCUGGGUGCGUCGGGUUUGAGCCACUACCUGAAGAAGAAGGACACGGCUGUGAAAGUAAGCGAUAAAGGUCAUCUGAGGAGACCCGACCCGCACUUCACCGCGGCAGAGGACUAUACCGCGCGAUUCGCAUCACAAGUCUCUCACUCACACGCUGUGCAUCGGAGUAUGCUAAAGACGGAGAUUGACAUGUCUGCGACGUAUGCUGACUUGGGCGCCGCGUACAACGGCUGGUCACUGUCCGAGAACCAGCUAGCCCACGCGAUCGAGCAAGUUGGGCAGGCAGUGGAUUCGACGGUCAGCGCGACUUCUCAACUAGCGCAAGGCCUUGAUGCCACCUUUGGCGCAUUGCUGCAGGAAUACAUACAGUACUCCAAAGCAGUUGACAAGCUUCUCAAAUGGCGACGCAAGAAACACGUUGAGUACGAAACCCUUUCAGACAGCUUGAUCAGCAAACAAGCCAGUUUACAGAAACUCGAAGCUUCCGAAGCCGAGGCUCAGCGGCUCUCCGCCGUCCUCCGCGCCGAGGGCGCCACGGGCCACGUACGACGGAACAGCACCGGUGGCGGCAUCAUGGCUACUCUGAAUUCCCUCAUCGACAACGACCCCGCUCUGACACGCCGGAACAACAUCUCGCGAACAAAAGACCAGAUUGCGACGAUAGCGCAACAACGGGAGAUAUGCCGCGCCGAGCUGGAGGGCGCGAAUGAGGAGAUACAGAAGGAUCUGGAUCGGUUCCAGUUGGACAAGUUGAAGGAUCUGAGGAACAUGCUGUUGGGCUAUGCGCAGGCGCAGCGGGAGUUUUUUCAUAGGGGGGCUCGGGCGUGGCAGGAAGCCAAGGCGGAGGUGGAUAAAGUGAGCCAUUGAUGUGCCGAUGCGGUUGGUUGAGCAAAAGAUGGCGGGGUGGUUCUGAUUCUUGCGCAUCAGGGGAUUGGGCGGUUGUUGCAUGGUUUCUAUGUCUUUCUGGGUAAUCUGCAUCCCACUUUUGUUGCGGGUUUUUUUUUUGGCGAUUUGUAUUGGCGGAAAUAGGAAUACUAUACUAGCAAG